AUAUUUAAAGAUGGUGUAACAAAAUUUUGACAGUACAUGUUUAAAAUUUCUGAAAUUAACCAAAAAUCUUCACAAUAAUGCUAAACGUAAGUUUGCAAAGUUGAUAAUAUAUAUGGAAUGCUGAUAUGUAGGAGCAGAUCUAUUCGUUUUUUAUCAUCGUUUAAUAAUAGUAAUGGCAUUAAUUUCGUAUCCAAUUGCGAUGACUCGGUUAACCUUGUAAAGUUGGAUAAUAGUAAAAGAUCAUUAUCAGCAUGCGUUGUCGUUGUUAAAGAAGAUCGGCCUUUAAUUUACGAAAUGGAUUCAAAAAAAGUUUUUUCAAAAGCAGGCUCAAAUUGCGCUUGCCACGAUGAUGGGAUUUCUAGCACUCCUUGCCCUAUUCACAAUAAUAAACAACGAUCCAACAGCAUCAAUCGGCAACGUGGAAACAACGACAAUAAGGAAAGUAUUAAUAAAAACAUUCCUGUCUAUGCAACAGGUUCAAAUCACUCUAACAUCGUUGCAAGUACCAGUUAUGGUACGGCAUUUUUAGAAAGUGUUGCCACCAACUUCCAUUGCCCCAGUGUACACCAACAAUUACUUUUUGGUGGAUAUUUACAUCAAAACGUAUUGUUUCCUUAUAAUAAUUAUCCAGCUGCGAUCGCCUUCCAAAGAUCCUUCUCUACCUCUUCCGUUUUGGAUCAUCAAAAUAGUAAUGUUCAUUAUCGUAAUAGUGUGGAAUCAAGAGGGAGUAGCUCUGCAAAAGGAAGUGGAUCUAGAUCUUCUGCUAGAUCUAAUUCAAUUUUAGGAAUGCGUCGUUGGGAUUUAACCAAUUUUGGAAAAUUGUAUUAUCGCCAAAAUAAAACUGAAUCUGGUGUUGUUUUUACCAUAAUAUCAUAUAAUGUUCUUGCUCAAGAUUUACUCAUGGAACAUCCAGAGUUGUAUAAUGGAAAUGAUCAAAAUGCGUUGCAAUGGGAUUUUCGUUAUAAAAAUUUAUAUCAAGAAAUUAAAGAGAAAAAUGGAGAUAUUUUGUGUCUCCAAGAAGUACAACAAUCUCACAUAGAUAAAUAUUUUAAAAAAUUAGAAACGUUAGGUUACAACAUGAUUUAUAAACAAAGAACGGGAAUUCGUACCGACGGCUGUGCUAUUUAUUAUAAAACCGAUAAAUUUAAUUUAGUUGAAUACACAACAGUUGAAUUCCGACAACCAAACACCUCUAUUCUUGAUAGAGAUAACGUUGCGAUUGUAGCAACUUUUUCCCCAAAACGAAACCCAUCGACUCAAUUCGUCGUUGCCACGACACAUUUAUUAUACAAUCCGAGAAGGCAAGAUGUUCGAUUAGCGCAAACGCAAGUUUUGUUAACUGAAAUUGAAAGGUUUGCGUAUAGGAAAAAUAAAAAUGGUGAUGAGUAUUAUAUUCCAAUUUUAAUAACGGGCGAUUUUAAUUCACUUCCUUCAUCGGCUAUUUAUCAAUUUAUUGUUAAUGGGAAAUACAAGUAUGAGAAUGUUAUGUUGAGGACAAGGUAUAAUUCUGGAAAAGUUUUAAUACCGCAAUUUUUAUACAUUACAGAUAAUUGCCAACAUGGCGAAUUAGUUGAAAAACGGAUGAUGAACAUGAAACCUUCGAGAGAUGUUGAAGAAUCAAUGAUACGACUAUUAAAUUCAGAUCAAAAAGUUAAUAAAGAAAAACGUCAUAAUGAUUAUAAAAAGCAUACGUUUUCUUCUGGGAUGUUGACGCACAAUUUUAAUUUGGGUUCUGUGUAUAAACAUGUUAUUAAUAAUGAUGUUGAAGGAACAACAUAUCAAGAUGAAUGGGUUACUGUAGAUUAUAUUUUUUAUAGCGGGAAACGUGAUAACACGAAAUUUAAAGAAUCACAUUUAAAAUUGAUAUCAACGUAUACUCUACCAACUGCAAGUCAACUGGACAAUGUACGAAUUCCUAAUUUUGAGGUCGGCUCAGAUCACCUGUCUUUGAUUGCAAAGUUCAAAUUAGAGUACAACUAAAUUAAGAGAUAUUUUUGUUAGAUUGUAUGUAAUAACUGUAAAAUAGUUAAUUUAACAAAAAAAAAUGAAAAAAAUAAACGUUUUUA